GCGGGACGUUACGAAUUAAGACCCGGAAGUCUGGCGAGUUGUUUUCUUUUUGCUGUUUUGUGUCAGUUUGUUUAGCGACAAUUGAAAAGAAAAAAAAAAUCCUGUUCGUUGAAUAUGGCGCGGGUCGGCUCGUCGGUCGUGUAAACUGCCGAUUUACGCGGAUUUAUCGCUCGGGAUUAGAGCUGCAGAUUUGUGGGCCCAGUCCCUGUGAAAGAUGGAGGAGCUCUACACGUUAGAGAAGGAAGUGGGACGGGGAAGCUACGGCGUGGUGUUCGAGGGUCAUAUGGCCCGGACGGGACAGCGGGUGGCCAUCAAGCGGCUGCCCUGCAGCAACCCGGAGUGCAUCGAACUCUACCUGCAGGAGCUGUGGGCCAUGAGAGCCACGGCGGAGAGCCACGUCAACGUCAUUGCGCUCCACAGCUGCCUGCUGCAGACGGGGCCGAGGAGCCUGAGGCCCCUGAAACCGGGCGUCCUGCCGCUGCGUCUGGUCGAGAGCGUGCUGAAGGGUAGUGUGGUCGGAGCGCCGCAGAGUCAGGGAAUGGAUAACGGCCGGUCCACCACCAAGAGGAGGACCAGUUCUGUCUCCAGGCUACAGGACAGGACCAACGCUUGCCAGGCCGAGCCUAAAUUGAACGCGACGGAUUGCACGACCCCUCAAAGACCUCAGUGCAGAGCCGGAAAGAGACCGUCCCAGGGCGAGGCAGAGCAGCCGGGCCCCCAGCGCCGCCUGGCCCUGUGGCUCGUGAUGGAGUACUGCGAUGGGGGCGACCUGAAUCGGUACCUGCUCUCCAGGCCCCCCGACGCCGAGCGCAACCACGGCGUGGUGCGACAGCUCUGCAGAGCCGUGGCCUUCCUUCACGGCCUUGGCAUCACCCACCGGGACCUGAAGCCCGACAAUGUGCUGGUCUGUGUCACUCCCAAAGGCCCCGUCGUCAAGGUGGCCGACUUUGGUCUGAGCAAGAUGAGGGGAGGUCUGGGGGACGGGGGUUUGACCAGGCAGCACUUCUCGUCCACCUGUGGCUCCGACUUCUACAUGGCCCCCGAGGUGUGGGGCGGACUGACCUACACGGCCCAGGCGGACAUCUUCUCGCUGGGUGUGAUGUUCUGGGCGGUCCUGGAGAGGAUCACCCUCCUAGAAGAAGGGACCACGCAGGAACAACUGGGCGCCUACGUGUGUAAGGGUCGCUCCGGCUGGUUGAUGCCGCUGGGUGAAGCCCUGUGGGAGAACGCCGACCUCCAGCUGUGCAUCCCCAUGAAGUUUAAGCGGGCGCCCCCGCUGCCGCCCCCGCCCGGCCCAUCUGUGUGCGUCCUGCUCUCAGACAUGCUCGCCUCAAACCCCGAUGCUCGGCCUCCGGCGGACCAGCUGGAGGCCAGAGUGCGGGCUGCUCUCAAAGAGGACUCCCACUGACACAAAGUGCGCUUAAGCGGCCAUUAUGGUCAAAACCGCGGUAGCCGUGACACGGAAAUAUUGACCGAAUACCCCCCCGACCACGGCGCUUCCUUUGUGUGCAAACAGGAACCACUUUGCUGCCACCGGGGAAGUUGGGGAUAACAAACAUGUAUGAUUAUAUGGACUUGAAGGUGCUAUUUCUGUCACGGAAGCAGCAGCCCCGGUUUAUAAACUCUGUAGGACAAACCAUGAGCAGGGAAGAUUGAAAUAGAAGAAGUCCAUUUGACCCCAGAGAUCGUCUCGCAGGACUUUAUCUAUUGACCUUGGACCCCCGGACUGCACUGCAGACACGCAAUGAUAGUGGAGCAAGUCCAUAUAGAGAUCCAGUGGGACUCGCUGUGUUUCCUGUAAGCACCGUGCUGUUUAGACACACAGGCAAGACAUAGAAAAUCAAUUUUAGUGUGUAUAGAGCUGAAUUUAAUGCAAAGGAGUUGUUGCCAUUGCUUGUUGUUUUGGUGAUUCCUCAUUAUUUCAGCAGUAUAUCCGGUUUUACUUAGAUUUUUGGGCAUUGAGGUUUUUACUUGCUGGGAAAAGGGUGCAGCUUAAAUUGACUUCUUUUGCACUUAAUAUGCUGGCUCGGGUAUUUCCGCCUCACACUGACGCAGCAUGGAUUGAGCUGCACGCUGUGUUUUUACAGAAUUUCUUACUUAUGUUAACAGAGAGAACAACACAUAGAAACACAUCCAGAGUAAUGUCAGUAAAUACAAGAGCGCUGUAAUAAGCACUGCGUUUCUAAAACAACUCACGUAAGUCUUCAUUAAUGUCGAGUGUCAACAACAGGUCUGCUCUGAGGCUGUAGUUUGUGGCGUCGUACUGGAAUACAUUAUAUAGCUAGAAAAGGCAAUUUGUGGAAAAAUUGCAGAGUGAAUGCUGGCUGCUGAAAGGCUGAUGCUAACCUGGACUGCUGGCUUGAAUUUGGACGAAGAAGCGGAAGGAGUGGGAAAUGGGAGCGGGAAACAAAUAUUUCCGUGUGUAAGUAUGAAAGAUACGAAAAAGUAGAAUACAAUCCGGAAUGUCCUAAUUGAGCAGAAUGUUUUGUAAUGUUUGACUCAAGUUAUAGGUUGAAAGGGUUGCAGGGUUUUCACACACUUGUUUCUUUCUGCAAUGAGCUUUUUAUUCCUGUGAAAAUGCUUCGUAAGAGAUACUGUGUGUGACACAUUUUGCUUUACACAUCAAUAUUAAUAGGAAUCGUAAGGGCAUCUUAUUUUGAAAAUGUUCAUGUUUCCAUGUACAAUGACAAUAAAGGCCUCCUAUUCUAUUCUA